UGGAUUCCAUAUUUUGGGCGCAAAUUCUGACUGACGGCUGUUUCUCUUUCUAGUCGCAGCCAUAGCCAUAGCCGAAUUGAGCCACAAACGACGGCGGUUUUGGCAGGCAGUUGGCGGCAGUCCCCUUUGAAUCCGUGAUAGACAUUGAACACGAUGAGCAGUUCAGAGACGGACGACGAUAUUCCCGAUGGCAAGGUCUGCCAACAGUUGUGCGAAGAGUUCGCUUCCAUUACUCAAACGGACACGGCCUGCGCACAGUUUUACUUGCAAGACAGGUCGUGGAACUUGGAGAGAUCUGUGAACGACUUUUUCGAAGACAGAAACAACAAAGGCGCUGUCCGAGUGUCGGGGACGGAUAAUCGAGCAGACGUCGUUCUUGUCGUCGAUGGCAGUCGUCCCACCCUCGCUGCGGCUGCGACAGCCAUCUUUGCCGAAGCUGCAACCAGCAGUAUGUCUGGAGCGCCUCCAAGCGUGGAACAAGAUCCAGGCACACUGAAGUUCAUCACAUGGAACAUAGAUGGCAUUGAUGACAAGAACCUGCUACUCAGAACAAAGGCAGUCUGCUCUAUUAUUGAAAGCUCUGGCAUUGAUGUUGUGUUCCUUCAAGAGGUGGUGCCCACGUCUGUCAAGGUUAUGGAGCAGUCUCUGCCAGGUUACAAGCUCCUGGUUGGGAACACUGUUGAGUACUUCACAGCAACACUGCUCAGGAAGAGUAGGGUGAAAUAUGAGAGUCACGAAGUCUACCCGUUUUCAAACACGGCAAUGGGAAGAAAUGUUACCUAUGUCAAAGCAAGUUUCAACAACAGGCCCUUGACGCUGCUGAAUACCCACCUCGAGAGCACGGCAGAGUUUGCAAAACCAAGGAAAGUGCAGCUGAGAAGGUGCCUCAGGAAGUGCAUCAAAGAGCCUGCUGAACGAAGUGUCAUCUUCGCUGGAGACUUGAACCUGAGAGACAGUGAGCUCGACGACCUGGGCGGCCUUCCACACGGUUUCGAAGACGUCUGGGAGUCUUGCGGACAGCGCAAGGAAGCCCGCUACACUUGGGACAUGACCCGCAACGACAACGUCACGUGGAACGGGCGUUUCAAACCGCGGUGCCGUUUUGACCGCGUCUACUUCAAGCGUUCCAAGCCCACCGGCCUCAUGCCGGUGUUUUUUGGCCUGAUUGGCCUCGAGAGGCUGAAGCCGCACCGGUGUUUUCCCAGCGACCACUGGGGAAUCAUGAGCUGUUUUAAAGUUGCCUGAUGGGUCACAGCCUGUCCGAGUUGUGCAUAUUGCGAGAAAGAGCUGAACGAUGCAAAUAUAGAAUUUGUGUGAGGAUCCACAUGCCAGCCUUGUGACUCUUUCAUUUAUGGAAAUACACUGGUCCUGUUUUAAUGUACAAUUUUAUGUUUCAUUUGACUUGUUGUUGUGAUAUUAAACUUGAUUUCUGACAUU